CCGUGCUGCGGCCUGCCGGUCCCGCCGGAGCGCCCCUCGUAAAGCCGUCCGUGAACGGGGCAGCUUAGCGGAAUUUGGAGAUCACAAGGGAAAUAACUUGCCUUGUCCUCCAUCCGACUGUGUCUGACACUUUGGCACCUAACUAGAUCGUUUCAGGAAGACAAAGUACAACCUGACCUGUGGUGGUGCAGGUAAUUGCUUGGUUUAACAAGAGCAGGGAAUGCAAUCAAAAGGAAGGGGCAGUGCUUUUUCUCACAUUCGAGUCUCAGUUUAGUCUUUGUUCUUGCCUGUUUCCCAUACCCAUUAAUUCAGAGUAGAUGUUAGUUUUUGGAAGUAGAGCUCAACUGUAGGUUUUGGUGAUUUCUGUUUUCCCCCCAGCAUACUUUGUGGUCUGCUCUGCUCCCACUUGGAGAUCUAGCAUUCAUUUAGCAGUUUUUUUGUACACGUAUCUGUACUGGUGCCUGCUUUAUAGGGAUAUGGGACAGGGUUCUGCUGCUUUCACUAACCUGUUAAUGCAGGUGGUUUUGAAGCGCAUGCAUGGCACAUCCAGUUAAAGAGAGGAUGGCUUGAAAACAAAUACAAAGAUACCUAACAGCUACUUUGUGCUAGCUUGUUAGGAAAACUUUUGUUUUUCCCCACAUAAUUAAAAUUAAAAAUACUGUUAUAUCCAUUGUGCAACCCGAAGCAAUGUUUUGACACUGAAUCCUAAUCACAUGUAGGAAGAGAUAUUUGUUUUAUAUGUAGCAAGUGCUUUAUAAGUUGCUAGAUUGGUGACUAGAUUCUACAGUGCGCAUGUACUGCAUUAUGUUUUGUGCAGGUGCAAUUGAGAACAAAUUUGAACAGCAAACUUAUUAGCAUAAAUGAAAGUACUGGAACAAAGUAUGUUGCCAUUGCCCUAAAAUCAAACAAUUUUUAUGUGAGCUUCAGUGCUCCGUUGCAAACUGGCAAGUUAACUUAAAUAAAAGUUAAAAUAUGUUUUACUGUAACGGAGUCAAAACCUCCUCAUUUGCAUGUUGUACAUGUGAUCUGCUUUAGGUUGAGGAUAAAACAGUACAUAUGUGAAAAAUUAACCCCUGCAGAUCAGUUAUUUCUUCCAGGAGAAUGUAUCUUAGUAAGGCACUGUGUGCGCCUCAUUUAUGAAUUAGGAGACAUGUCCAACUGUUUUAACUUCAAGUUCUUUUGUUUGUUUGUUUGUUUGUUUUGGAAGUGGAUUAAAUGGCGACAUUAGUUCGCACUUUAACAGAUCAUAGUGAUGAUGUCAACUGCUGUGCCUUCUCAUCAUCGUGCUUGGCUACUUGUUCCUUGGACAAAUCAAUUCGUAUUUACUCUUUAAAUGACUUCACUGAGCUCCCAUACUCGCCUUUGAAAGGUCAUGCAUACGCUGUCCACUGCUGCUGCUUCUCUCCAUCAGGACACACUUUAGCGUCGUGUUCCACGGAUGGCACUACCAUCGUUUGGGACACUCGUGAUGGUCGGGUGCUGGCAGUGCUGGAGCAGCCCACUGGCAGCCCAGUCAGAGUCUGCCGCUUUUCUCCUGAGUCCUCUUACCUGGUGUCGGGUGCAGCUGAUGGAAGUGUUGUUCUUUGGAACAUGCUCUCAAUGAAAAUGUACAGGUCUGGGAAUGUUAAAGAUGGUUCUUUGGUGGCCUGUGCUUUUUCUCCGUGUGGAAAUUUCUUUGUCACUGGAUCAUCAUGCGGUGAUUUGACUAUUUGGGAUGAUACAAUGAGAUGUCUAUGUAACGAAAAAGCACACGAUCUUGGCGUUACCUGCUGUGAUAUUUCUUCAUAUCCAGUUUCAGGUGGUGACCACGCGUCCGGAUACUUCCAGAUGGCUUCUUGUGGUCAAGAUAAUAAGAUCAAAGUCUGGUUUAUUUUGUUUGCAGACUCCUUAGGUUGUGAAUUAAGAUAUAAAUGCACGUUGAGUGGACAUUCUGCCCCAGUUCUGGCUUGUGCAUUUUCUUAUGAUGGGCAGAUGUUAGUCUCAGGGUCUGUGGACAAGUAUGUCAUAAUAUAUGAGACUAAUACUGGCAAUAUCCUUCAUACUUUGUCUCAGCAUACCAGGUAUGUCACAGCUUGUGCCUUUGCGCCACGCAGUCUCUUACUUGCCACGGGUUCAAUGGAUAAAGCUGUGCACCUAUGGCAGCUGGACAGUAAGCAGCCCUGUGCAGGAAACGCUAUAGAAAAUAACUCUAAGAUUAGAACUGCUGAGAACUGGUCGGAGGAUGAAGUUUCAGCCUGGCUUUGUGCACAGGGCUUUGCAGAACUUGUUGGGCUUUUCAAAGCAAAUAACAUCGAUGGCAAAGAACUCCUGAAUCUUACAAGAGAAAGUCUGACUAAUGAAUUAAAAAUUGAGUCUCUUGGCCUGCGCAGUAAAAUCCUCCAGAAGAUCAAAGAGCUGAGGAUAAAAACAGUCUCUGUUUCCAUUGCUGUUCCUGAUGAAUUCUUAUGCCCUAUAACUCGGGAGCUCAUGAAGGAUCCUGUCAUUGCAGCAGAUGGGUAUUCCUACGAAAAGGAGGCAAUAGAAAAUUGGAUCAGCAAUAAAAGACGCUCUAGUCCCAUGACGAAUCUCCCUCUUCCCAGUCUUGUGCUUACACCCAACAGGACACUGAAAAUGGCCAUCGGCCGUUGGCUGGAGACUCAGCAGAACUGUGGUGAAACCACGUCGUUUUGAAGUUGUUUACUAAAAUGAAGGUAAAUGUCAUAAAUGUAAAUAUAGGUAAUCGUAGGCUAGAGGAGAUAUUUGUGUCAGAAACACCUGCAAUUAAAAAAGUUCUCUUCUUUCCUGGCUGUCACUUUUAAUGCACUUUUAAUGCUAAAAGAGCAUUUUCACUGUUGGAAGCUGCUAAAAAAUUACUGAAUGCUUUUUAAGUUAUUUUACUUUUACUCAGUGGUAUUUCUCUGUAAGAAAUCAAACACCAGGACUCAGCAUUUUUCAAAUAACUUUUCUUAAAAUUUUCCUCAAAUUUAUGAGUUUUCGAGUCUUCAUUUUGCAAUGUGAGUCUCAAAGCACAGACUUUGUAUUUUAUUUCUAUUUUUUAAUUGCAAAAAGCGUAUUUCCCUGUUCCCUAUGAAUGAACAUGCAUUUGGAGAAGCUGGGAGAGAAUUCUUCCUGAGCUGUCAGUGACUGCAUCUCACACAGCUGUAAUCAUAACUUUAAUUUUGUAUGGAAAAAAAUACAGUAGCUGUGCAAAAAUAGAACUACAGGACCAGAAUAAUAAACUUGUACAAAAUACCAAAGAAAUAGUAUGCAAUAAAUAAGCAAAAGCAUAAUAAUGUGAACUCAGGAAAGGAUUUAUAAAACCGCGUACAGCUGUUUACAAGGUAAUGCACCACUGUACAACACACGAGACCUGAGAAGUGACAGCCUCAGGUUGCCCACUCCCGCCCACUGGCAGCCAGAAGUCUCACUGCACCUCUUUAGUUUCCAAGUGUUCUUGCCUCUAUAAACCUUAUUUCCUCUGAAAAAUCUCCACAACUUCAUCCUACAAAGUAACUGCACAUACGCUUUUCUUCCAACUUUCACCUGCGUUUCAUUUCUUGGGCUUCCUAUUGAAAUACUUACUAAGCAUUUCGCUGCUGUACCUUUUUUAAUAAUAAACAGCCGAUACAGAAUUUUGCUUUAAAAUAGCACCCAGAGGUGAUCAGGUAACUAUAUAAAGUGCGAUUAUCGUUAACAUGCUGUAAUGCUGUGUUACUCAGUGCAAUAACCAAUAUGGUCAAAGCCUUUCAAUACACAUGCAGAUGUUACUGUUUAUUUUACUUGUUACUAAAAAUAGUUAUAUUUACAUCUCAAAGCAUGACUGCUUUGAGUUUACUCAUACACAAAUUUUGCUUCCUAAAUGUACAUCAUGCACCUCAAAGUAGAGCCCACUGGAAAAGUGAUAAAAUAUUAUCUUUGAUUUAAAAAAACCAUAUACAGAUCUGAAGAGUACGCAGCAUCUAUUUUCAUAACACUGUUCUUUGAAGUAAGCACUUAAGCAUAAUAGAGGCACAAUUAUUGUGUAAGUGAUGAGAUGCAAUGCAACCAAAAGCAAAGAUUAAAGCCCUAUGGAGAAGCUAAAUAUAUAUAUAUAUAUAUGUAUAUAUAUUUUCUUUUUUGGGGGUAAAAUGUCAUGGCAAGAAUUUUGCUACUUGAGGUCCUAGUUUGUCGGAUUGAUUGACUGAUUGAUCCUAACAGACUGUUCCUACACAAAUUGGCUUUUCCAGUUACUGUGUCAGUAUGAACAGCUUGAAGUGGUCGCACCCCACAAAGCACUGGUCAGCAUGGGCUGCGCGCCCAGCAGCAGCCCACUGUGGUGGGAUUACCCCGUGAUGUUGGAAGCAAAGUUCUACAACUACGUAAUGUACAAAAUAAUAUUUACACGUUUGAUUCGAUAAAUGAUCGCUUGGGUUUUGCAGAGGUGACAUGGCUUAAGUGACCUUCCUUACUGAUGUGAGAGUGCUGCUUUGAUGGCGCAUCUUGGUAUAAAUGCAGAACCUGUUUUGGUGCUCUGUUAUCUUGACAGUAGGCCACUGUUUGACACUUCAGCUCCUCGUGUGCUUUAGCUUGCAUACCAUUCUGGUUGCUCUCUCCUGGGACAGUAACAGCAGAGGAAGUUUUAGUUUGAGAGUGUUUGACUGAAAACUGCUCAAAAUUAGAAGACUGAACGCUCCCAGAAGAAACAUUUGCUGAUAAUCCAUCCGAGGUCUGAGAAUGCCAAGAGCGACUGGACUGAUUUUGCUGCUGAAACCUGGCAGUCUUAUCCAUGAUUCCCAUAAAUGGCGUAUUGCGAGGUCUGUGUUCAGCAGCAGUACCAUGAACUUGAUUAACUUUGUUCUCCUUGAUUCGAACGUCUGGCCCCAGCCCCUUAAUGCCAUCUGCAAAGCUACUCACUGAAGUUAAGCUGCUGGUUGAGCUGGCAAGAAUCAUACUGCUAGAUGGAGAACUAGAAGAGACAGUGCUGGGUACAGGGGUUUGCUGUCUUGCUUCACUGAAAUUCAUUUGAAAUGGGGCUGGUGAUGGGUCAGUGGUUUUGGAUUUCUUUGCAAAAGAGUGCUGUGAAUGGGAACACUGGCUGGAUGUGAACUUCUCAUUGUACAGCUCAGAAGUAGCACCUGUGGAAGCACUUCCAGCAGAAAAUGCGCUUGUCCCAUCCAAAUGCUGAAUUUUAGAGUGUUGAACUGGCACAGGACUUUGAGAAAGAUGCUGAAAAGGUGAUUGUGUCUUUGUAUUACAUUGAUUACUUCCCAGUUUUGAUCCAGGCUGGAUGGAGCUCAGGUGCUGAUUAGUUUUUACAAUCUGUGCUUGCUUUGUUGGCUGCAUGAUCAAGCCUGGCUCUCUUAGAUAUUUAUUGCCUGUUCUGCCUUGAGGGGACACAGGUCUCACUUUCUGCUGAACACUGUCUUGAAUGUUUCUAGCGUAUGAUGAAGCAGCUAAGGAACGCUGCAGCCUUUGUGGAGAGGAAACGGAUUCAUCAGGGUGCGGUAGUUCUUCCUCUUUUUCUUGGAGAUGGAAGUUCUCAUUCACACCUUGAAUAACAUCCUCCUCCUCAUUAUCAGAGUUAUUAAUUUGCUGUCCUGACUGUGGGCACUGAUGCUUCUGUUGUUGUGUUCUCUGGAACUGCUUACACUCCUCUUCUACUCGAGCCAGAAGACGUUUUAUUUCCUGAUUGCUAGGACACAGCUUUGUGGCUUCAUGUAGGUCAGCAAGAGCAGCAAGUAGCUUUCUGUAUGAAGAAGACCCAGAAUUCAUUAAUAAAAACCUGGGACAAGUCUGAGUUUCAGCACUGCUUAUUAAGCAGUAAUAUCCACCUCCACCACUUUCAAAGAGAUGUUCUGAUCUGUCAUCUCCUGUAAGUGUGGUGAAAAGAUAAGAACUGUAUAGUCUUCAACCCAGGAAGUUCUGCAGUGGAAGCACAGACCUAGUCCUAAGUCUUUCCCCUCUUGCAUCCCAAGAGUCAUCAGGAAGGCAGCAGAAAUCAACUAGGAACUGAAGCACUGUCUCACGAGCCCUUCACCUUCACAGGAGAUCACCAGCUAAACUCUGCUCCCUGUCAAUUUCUUAUUCUGCUUUGGGCUGGCACCAGUGCUACAAGCAGUGUGGGUGCUUCAUGCCCAGAGGUGCCCAAGGCCAUGGAUGGGGUCAGGUGCAGCCUGAACUGCUGGGGGGCAGUCAGCCCGUGGCAGGGGUGGAGCAGGGGGCCUUUGGCAUUCCUUCCACCCCAACAAUACUAUGGGUCUAUGAUUCUGUAGAAUACCUCUCCUUACUCACUCUGACAUUUAAAGGAACUCACUUCGUAUCAGUUUACUUCUAUCUACUUUCUGGGCUAAUAAUUACCUGAAUGGGUAUUUAAUAUUGCUUUUUGGGCUUGGUUUGUUUUGACUGAUGGUGAAACCUAAUAAUACGGAAACUGUACCAAAAAACUAUUUUUCUUUCUAAAUUCCAACCACAAAAAGAAAAGAAAAAACAGAAAAGAAAAGCAAUCACAGAAAGCAUUACAAAGUUAAAAAAAAUGAAUGUGGACUUACGAACAGAAUCAAACAGUACCUGCUGUUCCUUUUUGCCCUUGCUCGAGCAUAAUAGGCUUCGUAAGACUUGGGCUUCAAAUCCAAUGCUUUGGUAGCGAACUCUUCAGCCAUACCAAAAUCCUAAUUAUUUAAACAAAUGUACUCAUUAUACAUUGACAAUAAAAGAGAGCCAUGUGUGCUUCAAUCAUGGUAGUGCUUCAGAAAGUGCAGAUAGCUUGUCCAGUACAGAAAGUGACACUGGGAGCAGACCGUAUCUUGGUAGCCCUUGCUGUGAAGUCUAACAGAAACUGACUCUAAAGUAUUUAAGAUGCAGUGUUAUACAGUUAUUGUCAAUGCACAUGCAUUAAACUGCUACAAGAGACUGCAUGUUGAGCAAGGAAAGGGAUCCCCUCAGAUAAAAACACUUUGAAGUGCACUGUGAGAAAAGAAAGAAUAAAGACUUAGAGAAAAAAGAAAAAAAGACAUUGAAGGAGUUGUAUUAGUCCAGAGCUUUCUUGGAGGAGGUGUGUAUGAAUUCUAAAGAAAACCUACAGUAGAUCCAGUAGAUCUGAUGUAUUUGGUCUUCAUUUCACAAGAACAAAAAAGAACAGUUUAGCAAAUACAAUUAAACCCAAAGCUGGAAUUUACAAAGCACGACUGAAAUGGGGCAAUGAUGGCCAUGGAAAGAUGAAGCCAGUCUAAUUUUUAAAACACCCAUGCACAGCAAAGGAAAAGCUUAUCAAGAAAAAUCAAAACCACAAAACAACACAUGAGAGUAUAUAGAAAGAAUCUCCUCCUUUCCUCCCUCUCCCAUUGAUCACAGAGUCACUUCCAGCUGUUAGUGUGAGGCUACUGAGAAACAGAGUCUGAUCCAGGAGGCGGCUGGAGACUGCAGUUCUAACAGCGAAAGUAAAGGAAUGGCACUUGCACAGCAGUGCUAGAAUGGCCAAGAUAAAUCCUCAACAUCCAUGUUUAAAUGUUCUUCAGAUUGAAAUAGAUGCCAUGAACAACAUGGAAGACUUGGGAAUUAAGAAGUUCGUGCCUGAAAAGAAGGAAUUGUAUGAGGUGUAUUCAUAGAAUUGCAAGGUUUAGCUCUAAUGGUCAUUCAGGUUCUUCGCUGCCAUCUGAUACACUGCUGAAGCUACAAAAGGAACAACCAACACAUACCAACAAGCUGUAUAAGCAGGCACUUCACAAUAAAUGCUGGUGGCAGCAGAAUUUUCCAUGUAGUCCUUUAAAAGUACCAGGAAUGGCCAGCAGUUUGUUAUUCCAAAAUAAUGGUAACAUAACAGCUGCAAUAGUUCUCCCCUUAUCUGGGGAACUGUCCCCAUUUGUUCACACAACUAAGCCCCAGAACAGCACAGUGAAAGGAAUUCUAAAACAGCAAAAAAACCACCAAAACCAACCACGUCCAAUGUCUGGGCAGUGUACCAGUGUUUGCUAAGCGAGAAAUCCUAAGACUCAGUUGCGUCCAUACGCCUUGGAGGAAUCUGCACAUCCUCCCCUCUUCUGCCUUUGGAGCUCACCAUAGUGAUGGAGAGUCACGAGAGCACAGCAGCAGCAAGAUGCAACAGAAGCCAUCAGCAGUGUGGUAGAAUAGGUGUCUAAGAUUCCCAGUGAUAGAGAAGCAAUAGAUUAAAAACAAGAGCUUACAUUUGUUUUUCGGCGACACCGUGAUAAAUUUAAGUACAAUGAAACUCUCAUCUCAUUGAAUGCUUUCAUUUCUUCUCCAAAUCCUUCCCUCGGAAACUUCCUCAAGGCAUACUGAUAGCGCUGUGCUGCUUCUUUCAUCUUGCCUUUCUACAGAAUAGGGAAUAAGAAGCUUUUUCAGAAACCUGUAUUAUUACAGCGCUGUCACAGUGCAACCACGUUCAUAUUUGAAAUCUACCAACAUGUACUCUUCACAGAGAAAUAUAUAUUUGUAAUGUAUAUAUGUUGCACUUACACACAGGUACCGUAAGGGAACUUAAGAGGUAAUUAGAAUUUAUGUUUCUUUCUAAACUCAGUAUUUUUAAUAGUAUUUCACCAGGACGCUACACACAGUAAUACACACUUCUUGUACCAGAACAAUUCUUCAAGAAUGUGUUUGACACCAUACAAUUCUUAAUUUCACUUAUUUAUUAAGGAGAGCAGUCAAAUGUCUGAUGAUACAGUUUAUUAAAGCUCUAAGACAUUUCUAAUGGAGUAUAUCCUUAAUCAGGAAUGGUUACCCUUCACCAGGUGGUGCUACCACGGAAUAAGGGAUGGAUGAGGAGAGCAAGAAGGAGCUGGCGCAGCACUCAAACCUGCAGCCCAGCUACUCCAGCUUCACUUCAGUGUCUCAGCCAUGAGUAUUAGGUGGAGGGCUGAAUGUAGGAACAUAAAUGCAGUAAAGGAUUGGCCGCCCACUUGUUAACAAAGGCUGAGAAGUAAUUGCUGCACACUGGAAGCAUGUUGCCAUUGUUUUAUGACUUUUGUUAUCUGUAUUCCACAUCACAAUACCAUGUAGUGCACUGGGAGUAAAGACUCAAUGCUGCAGUUCCGUGAAUUGUUGACAGUUCUGUUUUACCUGCCUCAGAAAAGAAAGAAUGAACUGCAUAUCCCAGAAGACUUUACUGUUUUGUUUCCAUUCAGAGGGAAAGAUAAAACUGUUUGGGAGUCACAUCCCCUUCUUUUUCUGCUCGUCUGCUCUCCCUGGCCGUCUCACUUUCAGCCUUACAGUAACGCCUUCUGUUUUGGACACUCAUUUUUUCUAAUUCACUAGCUUCAAUUCCAAAUAUAUUGCAUUAUGCUGUGUUAUCUCACAUUUCACUAUCGUAUUUAGUAAAUUAGUUUUCUCCCUUAGCUUGUUACCACUGUUUUGUUUCUUGGCCCAUCUCGGGGCUUGGGCCCAUGGGUCCUCCUGCCCCAUUUAGUCACAGAACCAGGCCGAAGCACAACGAACCCCAUCACACGCUCAGACAUGCUGCAGCCUUCCAUUCAAAACUUUGGCAAAAGAAUGAAGCAAAGUGUGUUUGAAAAAGUUUCAUAAGCUACAUGACACACCUUAGCUCUAGCAAGUCAUUCAAAUCACUGUAAUAAAAUUAAGUCUAAAAAUACCAGCAGGAAAUUCAGCUUCUUGUAACAAACUGCAAAGCACGCUGCUACCAACCCUGCUGUGCCGACCUGGUCUCAGAAUCUAAGCAGGGUCCAACCUGCUGAGUGACCUGAGAACCUGAAGCAGAACGGGCUGGUGCUGUGAUGCUGUGGGUUCUCCCUGCAGAACCCGCGAGACACACUGAACACACUGCUGUGUUAGUGAGGUGCAGGAAAGGCCUCUCUGGAAUGACAGAAUUGCCUUUGUAGCAUGAACUCUGAUACCCUUUAGGCCUGAAUGAUGUCCCACCCUUGACGGUACCUGCUUGGAUAUAAAGUUCUAAACUCAUAUCAGGAUUGAUGAGCUUGAUAAAUUAUUCAUAAGAUGUCUGCACAGAGUCCAGAGGACUUUAAGUAGGCCCACCCUGAUUUGUAGCAAAGUCUGAAGGGUUCCUCUCCUCCAUUAUGCAAAGCCAUCAGAAAUCAGAGGUAAAAUGGCAGAUAUUUGAGGGCCCCUAUUAAAAAACAACUGUGCAAUUUAUAAACCCUGUGGCUACAACAGAUUUUCAAUAAUGCCCACAUAAUUCAUUCAGCUCUGCAUUGGAACAGUUUACAAAAACAGUUCCACUCUUCUGAGCAAAAUACCAUGCCUAGUAAAAAGAAUGCAUCAGGAGAUCCUUGUUCAGUAUUUAAACAGUGUGCAAAAGAUCACUGAAGGAUAGGAAUGGGAGGGUGGUUGGACUAGAUGAUCUUGAAGAAAAGCCCUGAUGUUACUGAAUUCAACAAGGUGCUCACAUUCUGAGCUGCUCCUAAGAAACAACUGACAAGUGUCCACAGAGCACGUGGUCAACUGAAAUAAAAUGUAUUUGUUUAUUAA